CACAUUGGAGACAACUUUUGACAGCACUGUGACAACUGAGGUGAAUGGGAGAAGCAUACCAAGCUUGACAAGCCGGUCCACCCCGGUGACUUGGAGGCUAGGGCAGGCCAGUCCUCGGCUGCAGGCAGGAGAUGCCCCGUCCUUGGGCGCUGGUUAUCCUCGCAGCAGCGCGAGUCGCUUCAUACACACAGACCCUUCUCGAUUCAUGUACACCACCCCGCUUCGCCGAGCAGCUGUUUCUCGCCUUGGAAAUAUCUCACAGAUCGACAUGAGUGAGAAGGGAAGUGGUGAUUUGGACAUGUCCUCUGAGGUUGACGUUGGUGGCUACAUGAGUGAUGGGGACAUUUUGGGGAAGAGCCUCAGAACUGAUGACAUCAAUAGUGGGUACAUGACAGAUGGAGGACUCAACCUAUAUACAAGAAGUCUGAACCGAAUACCAGACCUAGCUGCCUCUCGAGACGUCAUUCAGAGAGGGGUUCAUGACGUGACUGUGGAUGCAGACAGCUGGGAUGACAGCAGCUCAGUUAGUAGUGGCCUCAGUGACACUCUUGACAACCUCAGCACGGAUGAUUUGAAUACCACCUCAUCUGUCAGCUCUUAUUCCAAUAUAACUGCCUCUUCAAGGAAGAACACUCAUCUGAAGACAGACUUGGAGAAGCGCUCGGUUACGGAUAGCGAAACUUGGGGCAGCACUGAAGAACUGAAGAAACCAGAGGAAGACUUUGACAGCAGCGUAGACAGCAGUGGGAAGUGGAAAGGCCUUGCCUCGGCGCUGUCUGAAGAGUCGGAGAAGGGGGGGCAGAAAGGAUCUCUCUCUGUUUCACAGACCGGAUCCUGGAGGAGAGGCAUGACUGCACAAGUAGGAGCAACUCAGUCCAGGCACAAAGCAGGAACAAGCGCGCUCAAGACCCCGGGAAAAACAGAUGAUGCAAAAGCUUCAGAAAAAGUGAAAACUCCCCUGAAAGGAGCCUCCAUUCAGCGCUCUCCAUCGGAUGCAGGAAAAAGCAGUGGCGAUGAAGGAAAAAAGCCUCCCUCUGGCAUUGGGAGAUCAACUGCUACAGGGUCCUUUGGAUUCAAGAAGUCUGGGAUGGGAUCUUCUACCAUAAUCACCACAAGCGGAGCAACUAUCACAAGCGGGUCAGCAACUCUAGGAAAAAUGCCUAAAUCUUCAGCCAUCGGUGGGAAGUCCAACGCGGGGCGGAAAACGAGCUUGGAUGGUUCCCAGAACCAGGAUGACGGCGUCCUGCAUGUGAACUCGAAGACGACUCUGCAGUAUCGAAGUUUGCCUCGCCCAUCAAAAUCCAGCGGCAGCGGGAUCCCCGGCAGGGGGGGACCCCCCACCAUCGACUCCAACGUCAGCAGCAAGUCUGCAGGUGCUGCUGCCACCAAACUGCGAGAGCCAAGCAAGAUUGGCUCCGGGCGGUCCAGCCCCGUCACUAUCAACCAGACGGACAAGGAAAAAGAAAAAGUGGCCGUGUCCGAUUCUGAGAGUGUCUCGCUGUCCAGUUCCCCCAAAUCCAGCCCGACUUCAGCGAGUGCCUCUGGUACACCGGGACUUAGGCAGCCAGGGUCCAAAUACCCAGAUAUCGCCUCACCCACCUUUCGAAGGUUGUUUGGUGCCAAGGCAAGUGGUAAAGCUGCCUCUGCACCCAGUACUGAAGGUGUGAAACCCACAUCGGCAAUGCCCAGCCCUAGUACCACAUUGGCACGGCAAGGCAGCCUGGAAUCGCCAUCCUCGGGCACAGGCAGCAUGGGCAGUGCAGGUGGGCAAAGUGGUAGCAGCAGCCCCCUCUUCAGUAAACCUUCGGACUUAAAUGCAGAUGUUGUAAGCUUAAGUCACUCCUUGGCUUCCAGUCCCGCCUCAGUGCACUCUUUCACAUCAGGUGGUCUUGUGUGGGCUGCAAACCUGAGCAGCUCUUCAGCGGGCAGUAAGGACACACCAAGUUACCAGUCCAUGACUAGCCUUCACACCAGUUCCGAGUCUAUUGACCUUCCUCUUAGCCAUCAUGGCUCUCUCUCUGGACUGACAACAAGCACUCAGGAAGUUCAGAGCCUGCUCAUGAGGACUGGAAGCGUCAGAUCUACUCUUUCGGAAAGCAUGCAGCUUGACAGAAAUACACUACCCAAAAAGGGAUUAAGAUAUACUCCAUCAUCCCGGCAGACGAGUCAGGAGGAAGGCAAGGAAUGGCUACGCUCCCAUUCAACUGGAGGCCUGCAAGACACUGGCAGUCAGUCCCCACUUGUUUCUCCUUCAGCUAUGUCUUCAUCUGCAACUGGAAAAUAUCACUUUUCCAACCUGGUGAGUCCAACCAACCUAUCUCAGUUUAACCUUCCUGGACCCAGUAUGAUGCGUUCAAACAGCAUCCCUGCACAAGACACUUCUUUUGAUUUGUAUGAUGACUCCCAACUGUGUGGCAGUGCUACAUCCUUGGAAGAGAGACCACGAGCAAUUAGUCAUUCAGGUUCAUUCAGGGACAGCAUGGAAGAAGUACAUGGGUCCUCAUUAUCACUUGUCUCCAGCACAUCCUCUCUCUACUCUACGGCAGAAGAAAAGGCGCAUUCAGAGCAAAUUCAGAAACUACGGAGAGAGCUGGUUGCAUCACAAGAGAAAGUUGCUACCCUUACAUCUCAGCUUUCAGCAAAUGCUCAUCUAGUAGCAGCUUUUGAAAAAAGCUUGGGAAAUAUGACCGGCCGAUUGCAAAGUCUAACAAUGACAGCUGAACAAAAGGAAUCUGAGCUUAUAGAGCUAAGGGAAACCAUUGAAAUGCUGAAAGCCCAGAAUUCUGCUGCACAAGCUGCUAUUCAAGGAGCCCUGAAUGGUCCUGAUCACACCCACAAAGAUUUACGUAUAAGGCGGCAACAUUCUUCAGAAAGUGUUUCCAGCAUCAACAGCGCUACAAGCCAUUCAAGCAUUGGCAGUGGUAAUGACGCAGACUCCAAGAAAAAGAAAAAGAAAAACUGGGUGAACUCUAGAGGAAGUGAGCUAAGAAGCUCUUUCAAACAGGCCUUUGGAAAGAAGAAGUCCACCAAGCCUCCUUCCUCACAUUCAGACAUAGAAGAGCUGACAGACUCCUCUCUUCCUUCAUCACCCAAAUUGCCCCACAGCUCAGGAGAGUGUGGGGCAACAUCAAUGAAACCGUCACAGUCAGCAUCUGCGAUCUGUGAGUGCACAGAGGCAGAAGCUGAAAUUAUUCUUCAGCUAAAGAGCGAGCUGAGGGAGAAAGAGCUAAAAUUAACGGACAUUCGUCUCGAAGCCCUCAGCUCUGCACACCAUCUGGAUCAGAUUCGGGAAGCCAUGAACCGCAUGCAGAAUGAAAUUGAGAUAUUGAAAGCUGAAAAUGAUCGUUUAAAGGCAGAGACUGGAAAUACUGGAAAGCCUGCCCGGCCAUCAUCAGAGUCUUCAAGCAGCACAUCAUCUUCUUCAUCACGGCAGUCACUAGGACUUUCUCUGAACAAUUUAAACAUCACAGAAUCUGUUACAUCAGAUAUUUUGUUGGAUGAUGUCACUGAUGGAGCACUCCACAAAGAAGGUCAUAGCGUGAAAAUUGUAGUCACUAUAAACAAGGGCUAUAGUCGAGCCAAGGAUCAAAAACCACAUGCAUAUCUGAUAGGAUCAAUUGGAGUCAGCGGAAAAACAAAAUGGGAUGUUUUAGACGGUGUAAUCAGACGUCUCUUUAAGGAAUAUAUUUUCCGAGUAGAUCCGACUACUAGCCUGGGUUUAAGCUCUGAUUGCAUUGCUAGCUAUUGUAUAGGGGAUGUAAUUAGAGCCCAUAGCCUAGAAGUGCCUGAACUGCUGCCUUGUGGAUAUCUGGUUGGAGAUAAUAAUGUCAUCACUGUGAACCUGAAAGGAGUGGAAGAAAACAGUUUGGACAGUUUUGUGUUUGACACAUUAAUUCCUAAGCCAAUUACCCAGCGGUACUUUAAUUUACUGAUGGAGCAUCGCAGGAUUAUUCUGUCGGGACCCAGUGGCACAGGAAAGACCUAUUUAGCUAACAGGCUGGCUGAAUAUAUUAUAACUAAAUCUGGCAGGAAAAAAACUGAGGAUGCAAUUGCAACUUUCAACGUGGAUCACAAGUCAAGCAAGGACCUGCGACAAUACCUAGCAAACCUAGCUGAGCAAUGCAGUGCUGACAACAAUGGUGCUGACCUCCCUGUGGUCAUAAUUCUUGAUAACCUCCACCACAUCAGUUCACUAAGUGACAUCUUCAAUGGUUUCCUCAACUGUAAAUAUAAUAAAUGUCCCUAUAUUAUUGGAACCAUGAACCAGGGAGUUUCUUCUUCACCAAAUCUGGAGCUGCAUCACAAUUUCAGGUGGGUGCUGUGUGCUAAUCACACAGAGCCUGUUAAAGGUUUCUUGGGCAGAUAUCUGAGAAGGAAACUGAUUGAGACUGAAAUAGAAAGGAACAUACGCAAUAAUGAGCUCAUCAAAAUCAUUGACUGGAUCCCCAAAACAUGGCAUCAUCUCAACAGCUUCCUAGAAACACACAGCUCUUCAGAUGUAACCAUUGGUCCCCGCCUCUUCCUCCCUUGCCCAAUGGAUGUUGAUGGCUCCAGAGUGUGGUUCACAGACCUCUGGAACUAUUCCCUGGUGCCGUAUCUUCUGGAAGCUGUGAGAGAAGGACUUCAGAUGUAUGGUAAGAGGGCACCAUGGGAAGACCCCUCCAAGUGGGUAGCUGAUACCUAUCCAUGGAGCUCUGCAUCUCUACAGCAUGAGUGGCCAUCGUUACUUCAGUUAAGACCAGAAGAUGUUGGUUAUGAAGGUUAUGCAUCAGCAAAGGAAGGAACGACUUCAAAGCAUGUUCCACAGACUGAUACAGAGGGGGAUCCCUUGAUGAAUAUGCUAAUGAGGCUUCAAGAGGCAGCCAACUAUUCGAGCGCGCAAAGCUGUGACAGCGAUAGCACCAGCCACCAUGACGACAUUUUGGAUUCAUCCCUUGAAUCAACUCUCUGAAAGGGACAAACCUUGGUGGAGGAUUAUGGUAAAAUCUGUUUCCACUAGACCACUGCCAGUAUUAAAGCAGCACGCCGAGGUCCAUGAGUGAGAAUGGUGUGUUGUAGGUAGGCAGGAGACCUAACUCUUCAAAGUCAGGAAGAAAAAUUGAAGUGGAAAGCUUGAAUUAGUUUAAUUUCAAGGCAUUUCAAUACCUAUGGAGCCAAGUGAGACUCCAUUUGUCAACUGGAAAGGGCCCUAGACCAAGGGCAUCUAAGCAGAUUGCACAUGUGUUAGCCAAACUGGAAUUUUUAUUUUUUUUUUCCCUUUUCCUUUUUCUCUCUCUCUCUCUCUCUGUCUCUCUCGCUCUCUCUGUCUGUCUCUGUUUCUCUGUACAAGUUUACAGUGCAACUUCUUCUGUUUUUUUCCUUUAGUUUACCCUGAGGCGCUGCAUGAACAAUGCAGUCUUCUAAUUCUCUUCUAACCUCUGUUGUGCCACAUGGUGCUGGUCACAGGACUGCAGUGGUGUUUGUGUUGUACGCUACUGCCCAUUCCAAAAUGAGUCAAAGAUGAUGAUAGUAACUCGGAAAGCACAAACAGUAUUGUGCAAUCACCAGAAAACAUGACUGUGAUAUGCUGGAUAAGUGCCAAUUUAAUUCUAACUGCCAUGGUCACGGUGAUGCGCUCCAUCAAGUUUUUAGUACACGAGUCACAGAUUUUAUAAAGUUGUUUUUACCACAAAGGUCUUUUUUAACCACCUGCCCACUCCUUAACAACAGUUUUAUACCAAUUAUUAACCAACACUGAUUAAAGGCUUUUUAGGGCUUCAUUUGUUUGAGCCUUUUCAGUGAAAGAAGGAACAUUUCUUAUGGUGCUGUCUCACUGCCUUAAAACAGAUUUCUAGAACAGUUUUACAGUUGGUUUAAUUCCUAAACCAUUGGUAAUUUACACUGUUUUUUUCUUCAUUUACUAAUGAGAAAACGUCAGUUAACACAGUAGCCUCAUAUCUGUAUAUCAUGAUUUUUUAAAGAAAUGGAUAGGAGAAAGAACAGUUGCUAUAUAAUAUUUUUAUCUUGUGAAUAGAUUGCUCUGCCUACCCUCAGAAAUACACAAGGAACCCAAACCCACUUCCACUGCCACCUAAAUGCUGAGAAAAUCGGCUCAAAUCCAUUUGGUCCCAUGGAAUGGAGUUUUUGGAGGAUAGAUGUUUUGAAUUCUUAUCCAGCAGAGCUGGAUGCACUUGAUGCAGCAUGAGCACAAAUAUAUGUUUGGUUUGGUUUUUUUUUUUCCUUUUUCUAGUUUUAGCAUGUUGUUUUGAUUGCUAUUGUUGUACAUGAAGAAUUCAGCAUAAAAGAACACUGAAGCAGUGAUGUCCACUGUGGAAGAGGAAGAGUUUAUACUGUAAAAGUGGGUUGGUUUUGCACAGUCUACUGGGUGGGUAUUGUAAAUAUUGAAAAAAAAAAAAAAAGAAAAAAAAAGCCUUGCACAAAUCAAAACGAUAACAAACAAACAAACAAACAAAAUGUAUUUUAUUCUGUUGGUGUUAAGAGAUGUUUCACUUGCUGAGAUUUCCUGUAUGUUGCAAACAAAUACAGAAUGCAAACCUUAAAAGCUGUUAUUACCUGGUGUGUUUGUCCUGUACUUACAGUUGUUAUGACUAUGCAGGAGCUAUCAAUGCUACAGUGAGCAUGUUUCAAUAUCUAUAUGAAGCCAAUACAUUUGGGGGGAAUAAAGCUGAAAAUGUUCUAAGUGCGUAUGUCACGGCAGGCUACAACCAGAUUGCUUUCAAACUGCUCAGAAUAAUUGGAAACGCUCUUUGACCACAAGAGACGUCCAGUUAAAAUAGGUGCAUAUAAACAAGAAGGUAUCCAAGGGCUUUGGCAUUGUGUAGACAUGUACUGUACACCUCCAUGGAUGUUACCUUCAGGAUGUGUAUUUGGUGCUAUUAACUCUUUGUGGCCACCCUGUGGUCACUCACUGUAAAACAAAGAUAAAUCAAUGCAGUUUCCAAAUGGCACUGAGCUGCAUCACUGAAUCUAGAGGUUCCUACACGGUGCUAUUGCCCUAAUAAAACUCCAACUGAAUUUAUGCAUGUAGGAUUCAGUCAGACCAACAUCAUGCCCCCCCAAAUCUGGAUCCAUUUCUGAUGCAAAAUGUCAGCGCAUACACCUUGGCUGACUCGAAGAACUAAAGGAAAGCUGCUCUUUCCUGUACCUGUGCUCUGAGCAAACCUGCAAAUCUUUUCCUGCCAUAUUUAACACACAAACACACAAUAUCACAUAUACAAAACUUCCUGCAAUACAUCUCAGUGAGUCCACCUAGUUUACAACUCAGAAAUUGUUUGUGAAACAUUUGUCUGUACACAUUUUAUAUUUUGUACAUUUUUGAUGUAACAUAUCAUGUAAAUAGACAGAAACAGUGAAAUAAAUCAUCUGAAAAGUUUUGUAGUCUUUGUAAAGCCCUAAUAAUAAGUAUUUGGUGUCAUCGGACUUAACUGGAUGAUGUAUUUUCUAUUGGUUUAUUGUUCCUCUAGCUUGUAAACCAGCUUGCGUAUAUUUUUUUGCAGGUGUGCGCACUGUAUCUGUCUAAAUUAUUACUUUGCCAUUAAAGUGGAAUUAUUU